AUGAACGAAAGUAUGCAAUCCGUGGAUCCAGAAUUGCAUGAAAGUUUAAGCGGAUGCAUGGAAAAUGAAAUUAACGAUAACUACUUGGACUCAAUGAUUGAGUGCAGUGAAGACGACUAUCACUCGGAGGAUGUCGACUACGAAGCAGAUGAUUUAAGUGAAGAGACAAAAAGGAAGAAAUAUCACACGUAUGGACGGAGGUAUACAGACAAGGAUUUCCAGGCAGAUCAUGUCCACAACUACUAUCAGCACUUGCCCAUAUAUUAUGAUGGAGAUAAUGAUGGGCCGAUCAAAAAAUUUAAGAGAGUUUACAAAGCGAACAAGAUAGAAAAUCUGGAGAGGAAUAUUAGAGAAGAGGAUCUUUACUAUCCUUCCGUUCCUGUACACUGGAAAGUUUAUGUCUGUCUUUUCUUGGACAAGAAAUAUAACUACGAAAAUGAAAGUGAGCAAGAGAUUUAUGAACGAUUUAAUAGAAAUGUGCGGCACAGGUACGCUUUGGAGUUCCUCUCCUGGGUGAAGCUCUCCACAAGAAUAUAUCAGAACACGUCCAAAGUGUUGAUGGUGUUUAAUUUGAAGAGAAAGGAAAAUAUUAUUGGCAAUCUCAUCUUUUUCACGUCAGUAAAUCUUCACUAUGCAGAUAUGUUUCUCAAAUCUAAUCCUUAUGUGAAGCUGGGACUUUGUGAGGAGUUAUACUUAUAUGCCUACGAAAAUAACAAUGAUCACUUUUUGCUUGGAACCUUUCCCAACUUGUCCCUACAGAGGAAUUAUUUGUUUCUCAAAUUUUUCAAUUUGGAUAAGUUGACCCAUAUGAACGCACUGUACGAAAAGCACAUGCGUUUCUUCCUCCGUUCGAAUAUGAUUUUCAAGCUGGGUGUGUUGAAACGGGCUGCUAAGGACAAUUUGAAGGAUCUGUUCUUAACUCCCAGGCAGUAUCUGCCCAUCACAGAGGCCCAGACAAGGAGUGUGUUGGCCAAGUUCGAGCGGGAGAUGGGUGUCUUCGAGCGGUGCUGUAGCGUGGAGGUCGACUCGGAUCGAAGCAUUCGCUGUGUGAACAAUGCGGGUGUGCAAGUUGGUGGCACGGCGGAAACGGCGGACUCGACGGACAGCGCUAACAUGGAUAACGCCGUUAACCUGGAUAACCCCGCUAACAUGGAUGAUGCCACCUACCCCGAUAACACCCCUAACAUGGAUGAUGCCGCCCCCCCCGGCAGGUUCUCGCGCGACUGCCUGGCCGAGCUGACCAUCGCCAACUGCAAGGACGAAGAGGAGGCGCGCGAGUUCCUGGAGAAGGACCCCUACACCAGGUGCUGCCUCUACGAGAGCAUCUUCUUCUGCGAGGUGCGCGAAGUAGCACCGCAUGUCCAGUACACAGAGGGGUACAUCCCCAAGGCUAAGUCAUACCUGGAUUACCACUACGAGCUGGACACAAACUUAAACCCUAACUACUGCUUGGAGGAUAAGCCGGAAUAUAUGGGGAAUAGGAGCCUGGCCCAGAAGAAGUUGGAAAAUCAUGACAAGGUAGACCUGGACAUUCUGGACACGUUCAUCAAGUUGAAGUACACCAACAGGGAGGUGGAGUUAGAGCAGCAAAGGGAAGAAGAGAGGGCGGCCGAUGAGGGGCUGCCAGCGGAGCAGACAUCCAAAGCUGCAGUCGAGUCGCCUACACCCCCAACCACGCUCUUCAAACUGAGGAGGAACCAGCCAAACGGGCCGAUCCACGGGAACCACUCGAACCAGUCGAACCACAAACGCAUAAACAAACGGUACAGGGUAAAAAUUGUCGACUAUGAUAACGAUUACAUAGAGUACCUCUGCAACGUUCAGAGUAACAAAAUCGUGCACGUUAGGAAGGGAGAGAGGGACGUGUCUGUGGACGAGACGACGCCCUGCCCGUCCAGAGAUAUCUAUGACGUCCUGGUGCAAGACAUGAAAGAUCCAAACAUUUACCGGAAGAAAGACAUCAUCCUGGUGGAUAACACUCUCCAAUUUUUCGACCACGUUUUUUUUAAAGACUACCUCUCCAACUUUGUGUAUAUCUCUCUCCCACCGGGGGAAUUCAUUGAGGAGCCAUAUGCCAUCAAAGACGAAAAAAAUUAUGACUUCACUAUUUUCAACAAUUCGCUAGCUAGCCAAGACGACUUCCUAAAGAGACAGAACUAUCAGCCUAGGUUUUUAAAAGGCAUUUGGCUGAAGAAGGAUCAGUCCAAGAUUUUAUUUUACGACAAACAGAACAACGCACUCAUGUAUGGCACAGGAAUCGAUAAAACAUUUUCCUGGGACAAAAAAGUCGACCACCGCGUUAUGAAAAGGGCACUGAUAAAUAUGGAGAUCGCUUUGGAAAAAAUUCGACAGGGGAGCUGCGUGCUCAAUGACGAUGUUACUGUGCACCAGGAAACUGAACGCACGAUAAAGGAGUACACAGACGAGUACACCUCCUUCGAGCGACGGUUCACGGCACCGCAUAACCAGCUGGUCUCAUCGGAGGGCUACCCGGACUACAAGCCGCCACCAGGACUGGAGUACCUCAACCCGCACAUCUGGGAGAAGACCCCGGAGGACCACAAGGAGCUGAUGCUGGACACGGAGCGGGUGCAGAAGAUCCACUCGAAGUUUUUGAAGAAGCUGGAGCUGUACAAGGCGUCGAUUGACGACGACCCCUUCACGCAGGAGGUACCCACGGAGAGCGACAUCUUGGCGAAUUCCAACAAGGUGCAGGUGGAGUACCUGUGA